UUUUUUUCAUUUAAAGAUGCUACUAUGGCUGCUUCUAUGAACUUGGAACUUGACCCCAUCUUCUUGAAAGCUUUGGGUUUUCUGCAUUCCAAAAGCAAAGACUCUGCUGAAAAACUCAAAGCACUGCUUGAUGAAUCUUUGUCUAGAGGGAUAGAUUCAAGCUAUCGCCCAUCACAGAAGGAAGUAGAUCAACCUAAAGUAUCUAUUGCAAAACCAAUUUCUGUUAAACAAGACAUUAAGGCUUCUUCAAGCCUCCCUACAGGUGGCAAUAAUGGCAAACCCACUGUGGCCGAAAAGGUGAAAAAGGAAGUGGAAAAGCGAUCUGCUGAUAAAAUAAAACUGGAAAUAAGUGAAGGAGUUGACAUUCCAAAGAAACCAAGACUAGAAAAGCCAGAUACUCGUUCUUCUCCAAUCACGGUGCAGACGAGUAAAGAUUUGGCCAUGGCAGACCUGUCUAGUUUUGAAGAAACCAGUGCUGAUGAUUUUGCCAUGGAGAUGGGUCUGGCUUGUGUUGUUUGCCGACAAAUGACUGUUACUUCGGGGAAUCCAUUAGUUGAGUGUCAAGAAUGUCAUAAUCUGUACCACCAAGAUUGCCACAAGCCUCAAGUAACAGACAAGGAGAUGAAUGAUCCUCGCCUGGUGUGGUAUUGUGCUCGAUGUACCAGGCAAAUGAAAAAAAAGGCUCAGAAAACACAGAAGCCUUCCCAGAAACCAGCCCCUGCUGUAGUUUCGGUAGCUCCAGUUGUGAAAGAUCCACUCAUAAAGAAACCAGAAAUUAAGCAAAAGUUGGAGACUACACCAGCCUUCCUAGCAUUUAAGAGGACAGAGGUCAAGACUUCAGCUACUAUAUCUGGUAACUCAAGCGGUGCCAAUGUCUCUUCUUCCUCAACAAGUGGCCUUACAGGAUGGGCAGCUUUUGCAGCAAAAACUUCCUCUGCAGGUCCAUCAACAGCCAAGCUGGGAUCUACAACCCAGAGCACCAGUGGCAAGCCUGCUGCAGUCUCAAGUAAUCAGAAGCCUGUAGGUUUGUCAGGGCUGGCAACUGCUAAGGCAGGGCUAGGGUCAAAAAUAGCAUCUCCUAAUAGCAGCACAAGCCCUGUCCAGGUGAAGCCCCUGCCACCUCUCACACUGGGGAAAACUGGUCUUUGUCGUUCAAUAAGCAGUGACAAUGUAAGCAAAGUCGGGCUUCCUAGUCCAAGCAGUUCAGCCCCAGGUAGCAGCCAAGCUGCAGGUGGAAAUGGAAGUGGUGGAGCAGGAGGCAGUGGUGGGAGUAGCAGCAGCAAAUCAAGUGCAGAAUCUGGUAAUCAGUCACCGUCUCUGAAAGGUCCUACUUCUCAAGAAUCACAGCUUAAUGCUAUGAAAAGAUUACAGAUGGUCAAAAAGAAAGCAGCGCAAAAGAAGUUAAAGAAGUAAUACAGAUAAGAUGACAUAACAGAACUAUUUAACAAACUCUUCUGUCUUUGAAGCACAAAAUGUCUUUAAACUCUAGCCUCAGUUGGAAAAAAGUAAUAAAUUCAAUUAACAACA